AUGGCGAGACCCGGCGCUGCGUGCCCGCCGCCCGCCCGCCGGGUGGUGGUGGCCGCCCGGGCGCUGCUCUUCUGGGCGCUGGUGUACAGCUACUGCGGGGUGUGCGCCUGCAUCGCCGGGCUGCGGCUGCUCUGGAGCAUCGGCCGGCGCCCGGGCGAGACCUUCCGCUGGGUGGUGCGGGAGAACCCCCCCGCCUGCCUCAACGACCCCUCCCUGGGCACCCACUGCUACGUCCGGAUCAAGGAUUCAGGGUUAAGAUUCCACUAUGUGGCUGCCGGAGAAAGGGGUAAACCACUCAUGCUGCUGCUUCAUGGCUUUCCAGAAUUCUGGUAUUCUUGGCGCCAUCAAUUGCGGGAAUUUAAAAGUGAAUAUCGAGUGGUGGCCCUGGAUUUGAGAGGUUAUGGAGAAACAGAUGCUCCUUCUCACAAAGAAAAUUACAAGUUAGAUUGCCUGAUAACAGAUAUAAAGGAUAUUUUGGAAUCUCUAGGAUACAACAAGUGUGUGUUGAUUGGCCAUGACUGGGGAGGAAUGAUCGCUUGGUUAGUGGCUAUAUGUUACCCUGAAAUGGUGACUAAGCUGAUUGUGGUUAAUUUCCCCCAUCCUUCUGUGUUCACAGAAUACAUUCUACGACAUCCAUCACAAUUGAUUAAAUCUGGUUACUACUUCUUUUUCCAAAUGCCAUGGUUUCCUGAAUUCAUGUUUACAGUAAAUGAUUUCAAGGUUCUGAGAAGUUUAUUUACAAGCCAGGCCACUGGAAUUGGAAGGAAAGGCUGCAGAUUAACAGCAGAGGAUAUUGAAGCUUAUCUCUAUGUCUUUUCACAACCUGGAGCAUUAACUGGACCCAUUAACCACUACAGAAAUAUUUUCAGCUGCCUACCUCUGCAGCACCAUGAAGUCAUCAUGCCAACCCUGCUCUUAUGGGGAGAAAGAGAUGCGUUCAUGGAAGUUGAGAUGGCAGAAAUUACACGGAUUUAUGUUAAAAAUCAUUUCAGAUUAACUAUUUUGUCUGAAGCCAGUCACUGGCUCCAGCAGGAUCAACCUGACAUAGUGAACAAGUUGAUAUGGACCUUUCUAAAGGAAGAAACAAGAAAAAGAGAAUGACUGUUUGUACAUGUUUUAAGGGGUCUACAUAAAAGCUCUUCAGAUUUAAAAACUAAUUGUUAUCAGGGCCAUAUUUCCAGCCUGCCUUCUAUUUUGAGCUCUGUUAGAGAAAAGUGUUUUCAAUGUACUGUACAUUUGGACACCAAUGUUACUGCUAAAAGAA